GCCACACUUGAAUGAAAUUUUAAGUGCGCAGAUGUUUUCAGUUUUCUUUGUUUAAUAUACAUGUAUUAAGCGCGCAUAUUUCAUUUAAAUACCACGUGGUUACUUUCAGUAAUUAGAUAGGAAAUUAUCACUAGUUUACCUGUAGAUAAGGUAGAUUUAAGCAUUCGAUAACCUUAUUUUGAGCAGUAAAUACCUACCAUUCAUGAUAUUGUAUAAACAAUAGUCGGGUUUGUUUAUUAAAAGAGGAGUGUUAAGGAAGUGGUUUAAGAAUUUUUGUAGGAUAUUUAAUAUUCAGUAAGUUACUGAACAAUUUAAACGAGUCAUUAUUUUGAGAGAAAAUCGUGAUUCUUGAAUUAAUAAUUCAAUAUGUAUGCUGAAAAUAUGUUUGAAUUGCGGAUACAAUUUAACGUUUAACGUUUUAUAUUCAAAUUGAUUUCUAGAAAAACACCAUUGAAAUAGAGUGUUAUCGCAUAAUAUCAUAAAACGUCAGGGAUUAUUAUAAAUAAAAUAUGGAAAUCAAAAUGUCGGCAAAGAAAAGUGUCGUGUGCUGUUUUUUGUUAACGGUUGGAAUCGCUAUUGUAACAAGUACAAAAGUGAAAGUAGCCGUCUAUGAACAUGUUGUCAUAUCACCUGACGACCCUGAAGCUUUUUUCACGAGACAGGAAGCUUUUCAGUGGAUGUCAAAAAAUUUAAAUGUUUUUGAUGAGCAAGCCCGAAGAGCGUCUGAACAGGGGGCAAAGAUUAUUGUUUUCCCAGAGUAUGGUAUAACAGGGUUUGAUCAUUCACGUAAUUCGAUUGUUCCUUUCUUAGAGGACAUUCCGGAUUCUAGCACAGACUGGAAUCCGUGCAUGGAGCCAGAUCGUUUCGCUGAUACACUUGUGUUAAGAAAUCUAAGUUGUACAGCUCAAAUGUACACAAUCUAUUUAGUAGCAAACAUGGGUGACAUUAAAAUGUGUGACAAAAUGACUGAUAAAACAUGUCCGCACGACGGCCGAUAUCAGUUCAAUACAAAUGUGAUUUUUGAUAAUAAUGGAAAACUGGUUGCUAGAUACCACAAACUUCACAUGUACGACGAGACACCGCUUUUUGAUCCCGCUACCAAUGCUGAACACGUGUAUUUUGAUACACCCUUUGGAAGGUUUGGAACAAUUAUCUGUUUUGACAUUAUGCAAAAUGAACCAACACAAGUGUUGUUGAAUAGGUACGGUAUUAAAAAUUUACUAGUAACAUCUGCAAUGAACGUAUUCUUGCCAUUUAUAAUACCGCAACAAAUGUAUUCAGGACUGGCUAAGAAGAAUGGAAUAAACGUCAUUGCAUCAAACAUCAGAAACUCUUUAUAUCAAAUGGCAGGAUCUGGUAUAUUCGGAAAUGAUAUCCAAAGUUUAUCUGAUGUAAACACUAAUGGUACGGAAGGCAUUUUACUUGUGUCUGAGAUAGAAUCUGAAGUAACAAAAAUAUAUGCACCAAACACAAAAGUGUCAAUAAACAGUUCUGGUAAAAUUAAGCAAUUCAUUAACAAAACAUAUGAAGGUACCUAUCAUUUCGAUUUAAAUAUGUCUUACGUCAUCAUGGAAGGUCAACAUGGAAUUGUAACGGCGUGUAAAGAUGACGUAUGCUGUGUUGUGACGUAUCAAUUCAAAUCACGCGACGAACAUGAGACAAUCAUUCUUAGCGUUGUAGAUGAACUGAUGUAUGAGCCUGGGAUAAUACACAUGCAGUAUUGUGCCGUCUUUAAAUGUACACCUCAUUCUGUAUAUUCGUGUGAUUACCACGACAUUUUCAAAAUAAACUCUUUUUUUGCUGACAUUAAAAUACAAGGAUAUUUUGACAACGGUGUAACUUUUCCGCUUGUGACUACUAUUGACAAUAACGAAUUAACUAUGGAUAUGGACAAGUACAAAUUUGACGAUAAAAAUGCAAUACUGCAUAGUAAUCAGUUUGAAAAUCCUCUUUUAGCCGCAGUUGUAUUUAACACACGUCACUUAGACGUCAUUAAAACAGGAUCAUCUAGCAAUGUUGCUUGCGGGACUACAUUAUCGUUGUCCACUGUCCUAUUGAUAUAUAUCUAUAAAGCAUCUUAGAUCCAAUUUUACUUUUGUCAUUUGCACGUUUUUGAAUUACAUUUAUUUUUGUCAUUCUUAUAACGAAUUGCCUCAUAACGUUCAGAAUGCAGGAAACUAUGAUUUGUUUUACGACUCAAAACACUUUAUGUGCGUGUGUUCUUAAUAAUUCUGAAGGACCUGCCAAAUUAUAAUUCUUAUCUGAGUUUAUUUAAAACUUAACAAGUGCCUGAAUUGCAUAUAUGUACUGUACAUUUUCAGAAUUAAAUAAUACAAACAUUG